CGGCGGCGGCGGCGGGUGGAAGGGUUGCUGGGGGCCCGUCCCGUCGGUUCUCUCCUUUGCAGGGGGGGAAAAAGAGGUCGGCCCUUCGCGCGGCCUGUCAAGCUCGGCGGGAGGGAAAGGAUGUCGGGCGACGGGAGCAGCGGGAGCAGCGCCUCCAGCACCACGGCGGCCGCCAGCACCGCCACCAGCACCACCACCGCCGCCUCAGCCGCCUCAGAGGGCGGCGGUGGCGGCAGCGAGGACGCCUGCCGCGACUACCAGUCGUCGCUCGAGGACCUGACCUUCAACAGCAAGCCGCACAUCAACAUGCUGACCAUCCUGGCCGAGGAGAACGUGCCCUUCGCCAAGGACAUCGUCUCGCUGAUCGAGGCGCAAAUCGCCAAGGCUCCUUCUAAUGAGAAACUUCCUGUUAUGUACCUUAUGGAUUCCAUUGUGAAGAAUGUUGGAAGAGAAUAUCUUGCUGCGUUUACUAAAAACCUAGUUGCAACAUUUGUUAAUGUGUUUGAAAAGGUGGAUGAAAAUACUAGGAAAAGUUUAUUUAAGUUGCGUUCCACAUGGGAUGAAAUUUUUCCUUUGAAGAAACUCUAUGCUCUUGAUGUCCGAGUGAAUUCAGUAGACCCUGCUUGGCCCAUAAAGCCUCUUCCCCCUAACGUGAAUACUUCUAGCAUCCAUGUGAAUCCUAAAUUUUUAAAUAAAUCGCCUGAGGAGCCUCCUGCCCCUAGCCCUGCAAUCUGUUCUCCUCCCGUGUCUUGUUCUACGGUGUCUUCUACUCCAGUUGUUCCUGAAAUGCAAAAGAAUUUGACUCAAGAGCAGCUAAUAAGACAACAGCUACUGGCAAAACAAAAACAGUUGUUAGAACUUCAACAGAAAAAAUUAGAACUGGAACUAGAGCAGACUAAAGCACAACUGGCAGUUUCUCUUAGUGUUCAACAAAGUGGCCCAGGUGUGGGUCAGGCGUCUUUGAAACAGCAUGUUCCACAGCCACCUCACAUGCCAAUUAAAACUCCCAAUCAGGUUGGUUUGCCACCGGAGAAAAAACGUCUGUCACCACCUCAGGAUGUCAAAUUACCCAAUAGAGAUCCUCGUCUUAAUAGAACAGGUCAAUAUUCUUCUCAUUCUAAAGAUCAAAGCCAUAGGAAAGACUUCAUCAUUAAUCCAGUCAGUCAUCCUGAUCCAAAGGCCAGCAAAACUCUGCAGGCCGAAAGGCAAAAUGUAUCAAAACAAGAGAAGCAAAAGCAGAGUGAAAAAUCUCAGAAGUUUGACCAAUUUGAUUCAAAAUCAAAAUCACCAUCUCCCUUGCAAACCAGGCCCCUUCAUGCUAAAGAAGCAAGAAACCAAGAGUGUGAGAACACCAGGGUGUCUGAAAUAAGUAAGAGAGAUCCCAGAUUAAAAAAGCAUCUUUUAGAGAAGCCAGAUGGUAGAGAUGAUGAUAUAAAAGAAAAGAGAAGAAGCAUGGAAAGAAAAGAAGAACAUAGAUCAAUUGGUGGUAGAAGUAAAAUGAUCAAUGGCAUUGUGCAAAAGCAUGAUCUCGGUACUGAAGAGCCUGAAAAGCAGGGUGGGAAACUAGGGAGGUCAAGUACUCGAAAAAGGUCACGUUCCCCUAGGUCUCGGUCACCAUCUUCCCAUUCUCCGAAACGAAGAGAGAGAAGGUCUCCCAAAAGAAGGCUUAGGAGUCUCUCUCCUGGGUCUAAAAUUGGGAAGCCUCGGCAGUCUGGGCCAAAGCAGUCUCACACAGAAGAAUUUGGGCCAGGAACACGAGAUGAAAGGACCUCUAAUAAAAGGAGCCUUAAGCAGGAAGUGAGAGACUCGAGGAGGCUGAAGAAAACUCAUGAAGACCGAUUGCAGGAAGGGACGAACCAGCAUUCUUCAAAGGCAGCUUCAGAACCCAAAGAAAAUGUGGAGAACUGGCAAGGUUCUAAGUCAAGCAAAAGGUGGAAAUCUGGUUGGGAAGAAAAUAAGAACCCCCAGCUUGCUGACGAACAUCAAGGACUUUGUAAAUCACCUCAUCAGAGGCAUAGGGAAACUUGGGCAAGUAGUAAAGGAGUUCCAUCACCUCGUGCACUAAAGCAGCAACAUCGAUUAAGUGUGGAUGCCAACUUGCAGAUUCCAAAAGAAUUAACUUUGGCAAACAAAAGGGAGCUACUUAAGAAGGCAAAUGAGCGCUUAUCAUCAGGUGAAAUAACACAAGAUGACUUUCUUGUUCUGUGUCACAAGAUUCAUCAGCUCUUCCAGUAUCAGGAAGGAAAGCACAGAUACAAUGUGCGGGAUAGUCCUACAGGCGAAAAAGGAAUUUCAAAAAAGAAGCCUCUUCUGUCUGAAUCAGACUUAAUAUAUCACGAACAUAAAGCUAAGCUAAAAAGAACACAAGUUCAGCAUUCAUUUCCAAGACUCAACAUGGUAGAUGCUGAAGAAAUGUUAGACUAUCACUUAAAGGAUACAUUUCUUUCUGGAAUGGACUGUGAACAAACAAAAAGUAAAUGUGGAAGUCAGUUUGGGGAAAGAUCAAGACGACAUUCUCCUGUUGGUGGCAGACUGUACUCGGAUAAUGCACCACACGAUGGUCGUAGAAGACAUGAUGAAGCAAGCUCUUCAAAAGGUGUUCGAGAGGAGCAGAGACCUCAAUUCAAUGAACAUUACAAGAGAACAAGAUAUGAAGACACAGAGAAACCAUUUACUGAGAGUUCAGGAUCACGAUUUGGAGUUAGUGAAGGAAAGCAAAGAUUUAGUUCAUUGAUGGAGGAUAGACCUCACUUUGAGAGCUCUCCUAGAAAUCCUGGCACAAGGACAGGGGGAGAAGGACAAGCAUCUCAUUUUGAAGGGCCUGCACCUACAAAUUCCAGAAUUGAAGGACCACAACCACAAACUAAUUUAAGGUUUGAAGGGUCCUUAAGUCAGCCGUCUAAAUAUGAUGGACCCCCAGGCAAAUCUGGAGGGAAAGGUUCUUUGAUAUUUGAUGGACCACCAGCACAAAUGGGUAGUGGUUCCUUGAGGUUUGAUGGACCUUCAGGUGUGGGAAAUGCAAUGCACUUUGAAGGUCCUAUAGGGCAACCAGGGGGAACUUUGAGAUUUGAUGGUCCCACAGGUCAGUCUAUGGGUGGCAUAAGAUUUGAAAAUCUUCAUGGUCAGCCCAAAGGUGGGAUGAGGUUUGAGGGUCCUCAUGUACAACCAGCCAGUGGGAUUAGGUUUGAGGCUCCUCAUGGUCAGUCAUCUGCUGGGGUAAGGUUUGAAGGGCCACUUGAUCAGCCUUCAGGUAGUAUGAGGUUUGAUGGCCAGCCCUCAGGCGGAAUGAGAUUUGAAGGGCCACAUGGCCAACUUUCAAGUGGGAUAAGGUUUGAAGGGCCUCAUGACCGUCCUGUGGGACCUCAUGGCCCCCCAGGUGGUGGAAUGAGGUUUGAGGGACCCCAUGGUCAGCCUAUAGGGCCUCAUGGCCAGCCUGGGGCUGGUCUGCGGUUUGAAGGGCCACAUAUGCAGCCAAUUGGAUCUCUUGGCCAACCAGGAGGCAAUUUGCGUUUUGAGGCACCACAUGGGCAGCCUAUGGGUCCCCGUGGGCAGCCAGCAGGUGGUCUGAGAUUUGAAGGUCCCCAUGGGCAGCCUGGUAUUGCACCAAGAUUUGAGGCGCCACACGGGCAGCCAGGGAUUGGCUCCAGAUUUGAGGGUCCUUCAGUUCAGUCUGCUGGUGGGCUUAGGUUUGAAGGGCCUAUAAAUCAAACAGGCCCACGAUUUGAUGGCUGUCCAUCAAGAUUUGAUGGCCAACCAGGUCAGCCAUCACUUUUGCAAAGACUGGAUGGAUUACAUGUGCAGGCUGGUCCAAGAUUUGAAAUGGGUCCUUCUCAGCCGGGCCCUCGGUUUGAUGGUCCAUCAGGUCAGCAGGUGCAAUCCCGAUUUGAUACACCAAUAUCUCAGCGGUUUGAAGAUCAGGCUACACGAUUCGACCUUCCUCUUGGUCAUCAAGGUCAAAGAAUUGAAAACUUAUCUAACCAUCCUUCAAGACUAGAAACACCACCUUAUGGACAAACUGGGCCUUACAAUGAACCUCCAAACCAGCCGCCUUACAAUGGCCCAUCACAAGGAAUGGCAUUCCAGAGGCCUGAGCCAAUAUUUGAAAAUCCACAAGGACCAAACUUCAAUGGGCUGCCUGUUGCUGGAGCACAGGGCUUUCCAAAUGCACUUAAUAGGGCACCUGGAGCUUUUUAUGAUGACAAGAAUCUUCAAGGCCCUCAAUAUGGAAACUUUAAUAAUAUAACUGUGGGAAAUAUUCAACCACCACAACAGGUUCCUGUUAUGUCAGUAGCAGCUGCUCAACCUGUUCCUUACAGUCAAGGACAGCCACUCUUACCGGUUCAGGCACAAAAUCCUGGAAGCUUUGUCCAGAAUCAACCAGGCAAUGUCCCACUUUCUUAUCCGGAUAAUCAUCUUGGACAAUUGGAUGUAAAUGAAUUAUAUUCAAAGUUACUUUCGACAGGAAUCCUCAAAGUUUUACAGUCUGAUUCAACUUCAGCACAAGUCAAUGAAGUUUCUACUCAGCCAGCUCCGGAAGAGGAGGAGGAAGAUCAAGACCAGAAUGAGGAUCAAGAUGUCCCAGACUUAACUAAUUUUGUAAUAGAAGAACUGAAACAGCGCUACGAUAGUGUGAUAAACCGACUCUACACAGGCAUUCAGUGCUACUCUUGUGGAAUGAGGUUUACGACUUCUCAGACAGAUGUAUACGCCGACCACUUGGAUUGGCACUAUCGUCAGAACCGCACGGAAAAGGAUGUUAGCAGAAAAGUCACUCACAGAAGAUGGUACUACAGUUUAACAGACUGGAUAGAGUUUGAAGAAAUAGCAGAUUUAGAGGAGCGUGCAAAGAGUCAAUUCUUUGAAAAAGUGCAUGAAGAAGUAGUGUUAAAAACACAAGAAGCUGCUAAGGAAAAGGAGUUUCAAAGUGUCCCUGCAGGGCCAGCUGGAGUCGAUGAAAGUUGUGAAAUCUGCCAGGAGCAAUUUGAGCAAUAUUGGGAUGAGGAAGAGGAGGAAUGGCACCUAAAAAAUGCAAUUCGUGUAGAUGAAAAGAUCUACCAUCCAUCGUGCUAUGAAGACUAUCAAAAGACCUCAUCCUUUGAUUCAACGCCAUCACCCAGCAAAACACCUGUAGAAAACCCACUAAAUAUUAUGUUAAAUAUUGUCAAGCAAGAAGUACAGGACUCUUGUAACAGCCCCAAAGUUGAGGAAAAGCCUGAUGAAUGUAUGGAGGAGAACACACCUGCAUCUGCUGAAAUUAAAACGGAACCUGAAAAGGUUGAGUCGGUUUAACAAACUGUGAUUUUUUUAUAUUGCAGAAAAGGUACUGUGUUCUAGCUGACUCUAGAAGGCAAAUAAUAAUUUUUAUAUGAAUAAAGUGUUCUCCUGGGGCAGGGCCCCAGCUACUUCUUUGGUUAAUAAAUACAUUUUUGUAUUUGGAUUUCUUAUUGCCUGCACCGUGUCAGGUGUCUAUUGUGUGAAAGUUCUGUAGAUGGCGUACAAAUAUAACAGGAAUAGAUUGUAUAUAUAAGAAAAAUUGUAUAAUUUUUUUUCAUUUGUGGAAAUGUAAAUUAUAAAUAAAAGAUAUUUUUGCUAUC